AUGUUAGGGAUUCGACCCGGCAGUAGCCCAACAUUUUCCAUCUCUCCAGGCAGCUCAACGCCAGGUCUCGAGACCGCUGAACCCAACAAAACCUCCCAGUCGAUCCCCAAGAAGGCUGAGCGGGCACGCCGCCUGGCACAGGCCAGGGCUGAACUCACCGCACUGAAAAUAGAGCUAGCGGCCGCCAAGCUAGCUGAAAUCGAGGCGGAGGAUAGCGAGGACGACCUCGAAUCCGUCAUAACGGAGGCCGGACAAGAUUGCCGAGUACAUAGCUGGGUUCAAACUAGCCAAUUACUCGCGAUCGAGGAUGAUCGACCGAUGUUGCGACGGGAAAGCAAGCCCUAUACAGUCAUCGGACCCAGUGAUCGCUGCCGUAUCAUGGGACAACCCGGCGACUUGAACCCGACUGCGCAGCCUGAAGUGCCAACGAUUGAAGCCGCAUCGUGGCAACGAACUCAACAAGCUACGCAGCCGCCGCCUGUAAUCGCCGCACGGAGCGACGAACACCGCGCUACGAAGCAACCGCCGCCCGUCGUAGCAGCCUGGCUACGAGACAACUCAGCUUCGCAGCAACCGCAAUCAACGCCGAACCCGCAACAAGUGCAAGACGGCGCGUUGGUCGCAUCGCGACCGAGGACGGAGUAUCAAGAACUCGCGUCCGCCAUAACACAAGCUGUGCAAGCCGCACAGCAUAGAUACGCCGAGAGACAUCUGCACAUUCGCCACGAAGAUAGAAAACAUCGUGGGCACACUACAAGCGCUCGACUGUGCCUCUACAACCCGGUGGUAUCUAAGGCAGUUAUGGAGCAGCUAACUCCGACGUUGAAAAGACAGUGGUACGAGUUCGCCGCCGCACAGCAUAGAGGACCGGCGGGAGUGGCUCGCACUUUCGCCUUACUCGACGACGGAUCGACGGUGAGCCUCAUCGACGACGAACUCGCUCGAGACAUCGGCGCGGAAGGGCCGGACGAACCACUCCACAUAGCAACGUACGACGGAGAGAAGACACGCAACAAUUCUCGGCGCGUCAAGUUUAACAUUGAAGGAAGCCGGGGACGACUUCGCAUCGAAGCACGCACCGUCGACAAUCUCCAGUUGGCGGCGCAGCGCAUCCCGGACGAGGCGAUACGGGAUUGCGGACACCUGAAGGGCCUACUGUCCGCUAAACGAGCGGAAGAGGCGAAACCCCGAAUCCUCAUAGGCCAGGAUAACUGGCAUCUCCUCCUCGCCACGAAAACACGGUCAGGUAGGAGACAUCAACCGGUCGCAUCACUCACACCGCUCGGUUGGGUGAUACAUGGAAGCCGGACUCGGACUCUGGGACACAGAGUGAAUUUCGUCGGUCAAACCACGACCGACGAACGCACAGAGGAACUUUUGCGAGAUUUUAUAACAUCCGACAACCUGUUUAUAGAACCCCGCAGGCCCAAGAACGACCCCGGCGAGAAGGCGCUCAAGAUACUGAACGAACACACGGAGAGAUCGCCGGAGGGAAGAUAUCAGACGGCCCUGUUGUGGAAAUCGGACAGCGUGGAAUUGCCGAACAACUACGAAAACACGCUGAAAAGGCUGCACAACAUAGAAAACAAGUUGGACAAGAAUCCCGACCUUAAAGAAAGGUAUGAAGAGCAAAUGGAGGGCCUAGUCAAGAAGGGCUACGCGGAAAUAGCGCCACGCACGUCCCACACUACAAGGACGUGGUACUUGCCGCAUUUCGCAGUCGUAAACGCUCUGAAGCCCGACAAAUUGCGAGUUGUACACGACGCAGCAGCCAAAACAAAAGGUACGACUUUGAAUGAGAAUUUAUUAACAGGACCGGAUUUGUUACAGCCUCUUCCCGCAGUGUUACUGAGAUUCCGGGAACAUCCCGUCGCCGUAACAGCAGACAUCACGGAGAUGUUCAUGCAGGUGGGACUACGCGAGGAAGAUCGCGACGCACUGCGCUACCUCUGGCGGGGAAACCGCCGAUAUAGCCGGCCGCCAGAGGUGUACCGAAUGAAGGUAUUAAUCUUUGGCGCAUCGUGCUCUCCUGCGACAGCGAUAUACGUCAUGAAUCGCAACGCGGAGAGACACCGACACACGCAUCCUGAGGCCGUCGAGGCGAUCAAGAAGAAACACUACAUGGACGACUACCUCGACAGCUAUGAAGAUGAACACAGGGCGAUAACAAUCGCUACUCAGGUGCGUAACAUACACAGAGAAGCUCAUUUUGAAUUAAGAAAGUGGACGAGUAACUCGCCCGCGGUAUUGAAGGCGCUCGGCGAAUCGCCCAAUACAACCGAAGCGGUGGAAAUAGAAAGGACUGAACGAGUUCUAGGCCUUAUUUGGAGGCCACAAGAAGACAGGUUGGCAUUCAACCUAGACUUAGCCCGCAUACCGUCGAACCUACUGAGGCGAGAAGCACCCACGAAGAGAGAAGCAUUGAAAAUAGUAAUGUCGUUGUUUGAUCCUCUAGGGUUGGUGUCGCCGAUAACUGUGCGGGCUAAACAGCUAUUACAGGAGGUGUGGCGACGCGGCACCGAUUGGGACGACCCGAUCGACGACGAACUGUCCGCCGCCUGGGUGAACUGGCUCACCCAUUUGAAGCAACUCAGCGGCGUAACAGUGCCGCGCUGCUAUCCCGGCUACUCCCGAGCGAGAAAACUCCAACUCCACGUGUUCACCGACGCCAGCGAGUCGGCCUACGCGACCGCGCUCUACUGGCGCGCCGAGGACGACGACGGACGAGUCACAGUCACGUUACUGGCGGCCAAGGCAAAGGUAGCUCCACUCAAAUUAACCUCCAUACCACGGCUUGAACUACAGGCAGCUGUACUCGGCGCACGGAUGGCUGCGAGUGUGACACAGGUGCACUCCAGGCAGCCAGAAUCCACGACCUACUGGACCGACAGCAAGACAACACUGUGCUGGAUCAGGACGGGAGCCAGGUCGUACAAGCCCUACGUAGCGCAUCGAAUCGCCGCGAUAGAAGAACACACACAGGCGAAUCAAUGGAGAUGGGUGCCUACGCGCUACAACGUUGCCGACGACGUUACGCGCGACGUUCCCGACAACUUCACGCGGGAACACAGGUGGUUCAACGGACCAGAGUUCCUCCGCGACCCGCCCGAACUAUGGCCUGCGGAGGAAACACAGCUGAGCACCGACACGGGUGAGGAAAGAGUGAACACUGUUACAGAGCGUCGGGAGAAACAGUACAAGGAGGUCCUGCCCGACGUGAAUCGAUUCUCAAAUUGGAAUCGCUACGUUAGAGCUGCCGCCCGCGUACUACAAGCAGUACAACGCUUCAAACAACGCGUCAACACGGUCCAUUACAAGAGGACCAAGGCGGCCGCAAGCGAGAAUCCGGAUUGGAGGCGCAACGAAGCCGCGAAAAGUGCGGCGAAACGAGUCGUGCAAGCACCGGAGGAGCGAUUCGUGACGCUCCCAGCCGAGUUGCAAGAAGAGGCCGAGCGCAUAAUCAUAAAGGCGAGUCAGGAGGCCGCCUUCGAGGAAGAACUACGCUCGCUCGAAAAAGGAAAACCCGUGUCAAAGGAAAGCAGGUUGUACGCUUUAAGUAUAACAUUUAUUAACGAACUCAUUUGCCUCGACAGCAGAAUUUCAGCCGCCACGGGAGUAAGCGCCGCAACAAAGAACCCUCCGAUCGUCGAUGGCGAACAUCGGGCGACGAAACUGUGGGUGGAACAUGUCCACACACAACUCCACCAUGCAGGCGUGGAGAGCGUCGUCAAUUACUGUCGGCAGCACAAAUGGGUCAUUCGACUGCGCCCGACGGUCAAGGCGGUGGUCAGGAGCUGCUUCAAGUGCCGCCAGAGGGCGGCCACUCCACCGCAACCGAUAACGGGAGACUUGCCUCCCUGUCGACUGGCGCAUCAUCACCGGCCGUUUACAUACACCGGUUUGGACUAUUUCGGCCCGCUCACAGUCACCGUGGGCCGGAGUAAUCAAAAAAGGUAUGUCGCUCUCUUCACAUGCCUAACAGUGCGGGCGGUGCAUCUCGAAGUGGUGCACUCCUGA